CUAGCUGCUCUUUGGUUGCUAAACACUUUGCCUGAAUCUAGGGAGAUAUUUAGGGUCUCAAUUAUCAAUUCUGCCCCGGAUGGUAUUGUAUCCUUGCAAACUAUAAACCAGCUAUGCUUAAUGAGGAGAUGAGAAGGAAGGUGCAAGGUUCUUCAUCUCAAUCAGAGGUGUUAGUUACAGAACAUAUGGAGAGGAAUGCUAACCGAGAUCAAAGAGGUAGAGGGAAAUCCAGAAGCAAGUCCAAGUCCAGAUAUAAGAAUGUUGCGUGUCAUUAUUGUCACAAUACAGGACACAUCAAGAAAAAUUGCUUCAAGUGGAAAAGAGAUAACAAGCCUAAAGGCAAGAAUGAGAAAAAGGAUGAAGGUGCUAACCGUGUUUCUACUGCUGAUCUUGUUGAUGAUUUGAUCUUUGUCACCAAUGCAGAUGUGGUUAAUGCAGUGUCAGAUGACCAGAGCUGGGUUAUUGAUAGUGGUGCUAUGUUGCAUGUGACUCCAAGGAAGGAAUUCUUCACAUCCUUAAAGGCUGGCAGUUUUGGCAAAUUGAAAAUGGGCAAUGAUGCAGUUGUAGAGGUUGUUGGAAUUGGAGAUGUCUGCUUAGUGACUCAGAUGGGUACAAAGUUGCUCCUAAAAGAUGUUAGGUAUGCUCCUGAUGUUCGCUUGAAUUUUAUUUCUGUUCAUAGACUUGAUGAUGAAGGUUAUGAAAACCAUUUUGGUGGUGGACAAUGGAAGCUUAAAAGGGGAAAUCUGGUAGUGGCUCGUGGCAAAAAGGAGUCCAAGCUGUAUCGAUUGGAAAGUGUGCUCUCUCAUGAUGUGAAUGGUGAUGUUAAUGUUAUAGAAAGUUCAAAAGCAUCACAUUUGUGGCAUCGUAGGCUCAGUCAUAUUAGUGAGAAGGGGUUGAAUCUUUUGGCUAAGAAAUAUGUACUGCCUGUGGAGAAGAAAUUGGUUAGAAGCCGUGAUGUGGUAUUCAUGGAAAACCAAACCAUUGAAGAUAUUGAUAAGGCGAGGAGAGCAAAUCCCACAGAUAGCUAUGAGCUUAUUGAUGUAGAACCGGUUAGAGCUACUCUAGAACCUGAGAUACCGCUUGAAAAUGUUGAUACGGAUGCUGGUCAACCACAUGGAGAUGAGCUACAUGUUCCCAGUGUAAAUGGUGAAAUGCAAUCAGAGAAACCUCAAGAUGAGGGAAGCUUGUUUCCCUUGGUUGUACGAAGGAAAGGUAUUUUCCUUCGGGUUGAAGUCUUGGAGUGCGGUAUCUCCGAGCAAGUGUUGUUGAGGCUCGUGGGACUCGAGUUCUCAGGUUGUAACGGUUUGUUAAGCACCCGAAUAGGUGAAGGGCAAUCAACUACACGGCCACCUCUUUUUGAUGGAACCAAUUAUACAUAUUUGAAAGAACGAAUGAGAAUCUAUAUUCGUUCCACGAACUUGCAAUUAUGGUUGGUUAUCAAAAACGGGGAAGAGGUGCCGAUGAAGAAAGUCGGAGACAAGUUGAUCCCCAAGACCGAAGAUGAAUUUGAUACCGAGGACAUCAAAAAGGUCGAAAAUUAUGCAAAGGCAAUAAACAUGCUCUAUUGUGCCGUAAAUCCUGAUGACUACCGCAAGAUCUCCUGCUGCUCAACCGCCAAGGAGAUGUGGGAUAAGCUCGAGGUGACGUACGAAGGGACAGACCAAGUACGUGAAGCCAAGAUCGACUUCCUCACCCAAGAGUAUGAGAUGUUUAGGAUGAAGGAGCACGAGAAGAUUGACGACAUGUUCGACCGAUUUUCCAAGAUAGUCAACGAUCUUCAUGCAUUAAAGAAGACUUACACCGACAGGGAUCUUGUGCGAAAGAUCCUAUGGAGCUUGACAUCCGAAUGGCGAUCCAAGGCCGAUGCCAUCUAUGAGUCAAUCAGCACAUCAAAUGUCACCAUCGACGGUUUAAGAGGUAAUUUAAAAACUUAUGAAUCUACUAUACUUAACUUGUCUUUGAAUGACCAAAGGAAAGGCAUAGCAUUAAAAGCCUUCAAAGAACCAACGAUGAAUGACCCAAGUGACGAUGAUGAAGUCAAGCUUGUCAUGAAGAAGUUUUGCAAACUUCUAAGGAAGAAAGAAAAGGUUGAGGAUGGCCCUGUGUGCUAUGGAUGUGGUGAAGCCGGGCACAUCAAGAACAAAUGCCCAAGAAGCGGAAGGAAUGCUUGUCCCUUCAAAAAGCAAAGAGCAUACAUCUCUUGGGGUGGCAACUCCGGCGAUGAGUCAAGCGAGCAAGAGGAAGACGAAGAAGCAAACCUUUGUCUCAUAGCUCAAGAAGAAGAGGAGUCUGCCAACGACGAAAGCCAAGAGCUCCGGUCAGCUAGGCCAUGGUUCUGGGCUGGCCAUCUACCCAGCAAUGGUAGAUAUCACCCAUCCAUGGAUAAGUGAUCCCGGGAUUCCAGAAUCAUGCCACCCAGCGAUGGGAGAUAUUACCCAGCGAUGGGAAAAUGAAUUAGAUAAAAAAUCUGGUUUGAAAUUAAAUAAAACACACCGAUCCAAAAAAAAAAAAAAAGAGGAAACGUAGUGAAAAAGGUCCCGGAACUAAAUUGAAAGUAUAAAAAACAGUUUCAGUAAGUUUUACAAGAAAGAAGUAUUUUCCAAAUACUCUUUUAUGUGUUUGGGUGUAAUUCAAGUUAUUUGUGCUUUGCAAGUAAUCACCCCACAUCAUAACAUCUAAUUUUUCAGAAACUUGAUCACUUUUUGAGAAAUUUUGUUGUUAGAGCUUUAUGUGUUUAUUUGGAAAAUACACUUAUGAAUAUUACUAAAACUAGUUUAAAUUGCUUACUUUGACCUUGUGAUUAGCUAUUGGUUUGUUUUGGAGUGUUGUUUUGAGUGAUCACAGGUUAUUAAGAGUACGAUAUGGAUUCUCCAUGUUGUCCUGAGCAGAACAACGAGUCUAGCCGCAGACAUUAAAAGAUGGCAGCUUUCUGGGAGGCAACCCAGAUA